UCCAUCUCCCUCUACUUUCACUUGUUUAUGCAACUAACCUGUCUGUCUUAAUGGCCCAGCCGGUUCUGCUCGAUCUCUUUCCGAUUCCUGCAAGAAUGGAAGAAGGCGAUGAUGGGCACUGGAUAACGAAGCGGCUAAGUUCAAGCGACGUGGACUCUUCAUCAAGGCUGUUGUUGGCUAAAGAGGAUGUGAAGAACUACGUUCUGCCAUUCAUGGAUGAGGAGAGGCGUGCAGCUUGUGAGAGUAGGGAAGGGUUGAGAGUGAACGUGUGGGAUUUGGACACUCGCUCUGAACAUGAGCUUAGCCUGAAACAAUGGAGGUCUGGCAGCUUUGUGCUCACCAGCUACUGGUCUAGGGAGUUUGUGAGGCGGAGGAAUUUGCAGACGGGUGAUUUCAUUCGGCUGCGCUGGGACACUGAAAAUCGACGCUUCUUAUUCCGAAAAUCCAAUGUCCAACCUUAA